AUGUCGUCUGCGGCAAUGUCAAAGAAGAACAAGGGGAAGAAGAUGGCGGAUCCCAAUGAGACUUCGAAGCUGCUGGCUGCCAAAAUCUCUCAACUGGAGCAGGAUGCCGCUGGAGAGAAGGACCAGGAACAAGAGAUCGAGCGUGAAGUCAAGAAGGCCACUCGAGACCUGAACCAACUGCUUAGCAACAUCGAAUCACCCAUGACUCGCCUUGAGACCGUCCACAAGAAGUACACCGAACUUUUGGCGGACAUGAAAAAACUGGAUCGCGACUAUACCAAAAGCAAGAAGCGGGCCGAUCAGCUGCAAAAGGACCAGGACAAGGGCAAAUCGGAAUUGAACAAGACGGUUACCAUGAAGGACAAACUGGAAAAACUAUGCAGGGAGCUUACCAAGGAGAACAAGAAGGUCAAGGAUGAAAACAAGAAACUGGAGGAAACGGAGAAGAAGGCUCGAUUGAUUGUCAAUGAACGACUCGAUUCUCUUUUGUAUGACAUUCAGGAUGUCAUGGCAGCCAAAGGCAACCCCCGCAACGAGAAGUUGGAUAUCGACUUGGACGAAGCUCUGCGCACGAAGAUCAAGACAAUCGGCGAGAAGUUCGAAAUGCGCGAGUUACAUUACAAGGCGCUUCUGCGCAGCAAAGAUGCCGAGAUCCAAUGCUUAACUGCGAAAUACGAAGAACAGCGUCGCGCAGCCGAAAACGAAGCUGCUCGCUGCCGUGCACUUAGUUCUCAAGUCUCUACAUUUUCGCAUACGGAAGCCGAACUACGCAGCCAACUCAAUAUCUACGUGGAGAAGUUCAAGCAGGUGGAGGAUACGCUCAAUAAUAGUAAUGAGCUUUUCCUGACAUUUCGCAAAGAAAUGGAGGAAAUGUCGAAGAAGACCAAACGCUUAGAGAAGGAGAACCUUACCUUGACCCGCAAACACGACCAAACAAACCGAAACAUACUCGAGAUGGCCGAGGAGCGUACGCGAAACCACGAAGAACUUGAAAAGUGGCGCAAGAAGAGUCACCACCUUGAAGCGCUUUGCCGGCGGAUGCAGGCCCAGGGCCGUGGUCAGGGACUUACUGCCGAACUGGACGGAGAUGAUGAGGGGACCGAGAGCGAAUAUGACGAGGACUAUGAGGAUGAGGAAGACGAUGAGGGCAUCAGCGACGAUGAUUACGAGUUGGAUAGCCCAGGUCGCGAUAUGAACGGAGGCCGGAGCGUUCCCCAACCCAUCGAGAAGCCCGUCUUCGGACCGCCUCCGCCACCCAAUCUUUUGGAAGCACGAGCGAAUGGCAACAAGACUAUGAUCAAUGGAUGUCACUAG